GCCGCCCGCCAUGCAGAAGGUUAUGUUCAAGGGACUUCUGCCCGAGGAGAAAACGCUGCGGGAAAUCAAAGUCACCAACGGGGCGAAAAUAAUGGUUGUGGGCUCUACUAUCAACGAUGUCUUAGCAGUAAAUACGCCAAAAGAAGCUGCACAACAGGAGGUCAAAGCUGAAGAAAAUAAAAAGGAGCCUCUUUGCAGACAAAAGCAACACAGAAAAGUGUUGGAUAAAGGAAAACCUGAUGAUGUGAUGCCUUCUGUCAAAGGUGUUCAGGAGCGCCUGCCAACAGUGCCAUUGUCUGGCAUGUACAACAAGUCUGGAGGGAAAGUAAGAUUGACCUUUAAGCUUGAGCAAGACCAGCUAUGGAUCGGUACAAAAGAGAGAACAGAAAAGUUACCCAUGGCAUCCAUUAAAAAUGUGGUGAGUGAACCUAUUGAAGGACACGAGGAUUAUCACAUGAUGGCAUUUCAGCUGGGCCCAACAGAAGCCUCCUACUACUGGGUCUAUUGGGUGCCCACUCAGUACGUUGAUGCAAUCAAGGACACGGUGCUGGGGAAGUGGCAGUAUUUUUGAAAGCACGCUCACCUCUGGCACGGGAAAGUGGCGCAGAGCUAAGGACACUGCUGGGAGAGGCCUCCAACAGCCCUGGAUGGAGAGUCCUGGAACUUAUUAAUAAAAUACCAUAAACGAGGCGUUGACGGAAGCCAGAGGUGAUGUUCUUUCACCAUUAGUUUACUUUUAACUUAAAUUUCACCAUCCGUUUUCUGCAGUCAGCUUCAACCAUAUUUAAAGUAAAUACGAUGGAAAUCAAUAAAUCUUAAUUCACAAAAUAUUGUGUGUAAUACACUUAAAUCUGCUGAGAGUUGAUCUUCCAAUUUAGUUUUAAAAAGAAAAUAUUACAAUGUAUUAUUGAGGAUUUUUUACAUGGUUUGAACAAGAACAAAUAUUUUCAUAAUCUUUCAGUUACAAGCGUUAGACUUAAUUUAGUUACUUGGUUGUGACUGAGAAUUUCAGAAACAGUUUUUUAAGAAUAAACUUUAAACCGUAUGCAAAA